CGUGCGCCCGCGCAGUUGGAGCGCAUACAUGCGCGCGCGCCGUUCUCACUCCUGCGGGACCGUGUGGUGAAUUACAGAAACGAACCCUCAAGAUGACGGCGACAAAAAAGCGAACGUCAGACCUGACGAGCUUGGAGCGGUUCAACAUGUACUACCGGGAGAAGGAGGUGCCCCUCACUGGAGCGCAGAAGGUCAAGAGGUUCAUCUGGAACCCGAAGACCAGGCAGUUCUGCGGGAGGACGGGGGCGAGCUGGUCCAAAAUAGCCCUCUUCUACUUCAUCUUCUACUCCGCGCUGGCUAUCCUCGUGGCCAUCUGCAUGUGGACCUUCCUGCAACUCCUGGACACGCGGCAACCCAUGUGGCAGCUGGAGAAGAGCAUCAUUGGCACCAACCCUGGGCUGGGCUUCAGGCCUAUGCCUCCAGAAGUCGCUAGCAGCGUGAUCUGGUACAAGGGCAACGAUCCUGGGAGCUAUAAGUUCUGGGUUAAGGAGUUGUCUAAGUUUUUAGCUGUAUACAAACGCGACGGCAAAAAGGCUGGAGCCAGCCAGAACAUCCACAACUGUGACUUCCAGCUCCCAGCCCCCGCUGGCAAGGUCUGUGACGUGGACAUCAGCGCCUGGGGCCCCUGCCUCGAAGACAAUCACUUUGCUUACCAGAAGUCAACUCCCUGUGUCUUCCUGAAGCUCAAUAAGAUAUUUGGGUGGAAGCCAGCCUUCUAUAAUAGUUCUGAGCAUCUACCAGAAGAAAUGCCAACGGAUUUGAAGGAGCAUAUUAAAAAUAUGACGGCGUAUGAUAAGAAUUAUCUAAACAUGGUGUGGGUCUCCUGCCAGGGUGAGAACCCUGCGGACCGGGAAAACAUCGGACCGAUCCAGUACAUGCCGUACCGUGGCUUCCCAGGAUACUACUUCCCGUAUACCAACCAGGAAGGCUACCUCAGUCCACUCGUUGCUGUCCAUUUGCAGAGGCCUAACACGGGAGUCCUCAUCAACAUAGAAUGUCGAGCUUGGGCGAGGAACAUCAUGUACGAUAGACACGAAGCCAUGGGCGCAGUGCACAUUGAGAUCAUGAUCGAGUAGACCAGGGUUCAAUCCCGGUUGUAGCAGACAGUCGAGAGUUUCACUAACGAGUACUAUUGGGAAGAUAUGCAAUAUCUUUCUGAAGAAAAUUUUUGUUACAAGACAUUUUAAUAUUUAUUAAUAGUUUACUGUUUAUGUAUAUUUUGUGCCAUAAUAACUGCCAAUGUUAAAAUGAAACUACAAUGCUAGAAUACCAAAAAAAGUUGUAAAUUGUGAAAUAAAUAUACUAUUUAUUUAUAAAAUGGCUGACACUGAGUGAUUGUUGAUACAAAGAGUGAGACUAUUUGUAAUUUAUUUUAAAAAUAAAUGUAGAUACCGUA